GAUAAUGUGCUAGUGCACUCAUGUUUGCAUAUUCACUUGUGUCGCAACAGCUACGAGGGCAUGCACGCAAACUUGAUUUUGGAAAAGAAGUGGAACGCCUUUAGAUAAGAAGACGAUGAAAAAUUGAUCACCAUGGCAUGAUGUCUGGCGCAUGUCUGGUCCAUGCUGUGAUCUGCUAUCGCGGGAGCGAAAGAGACUCGGGAGAAGCAGAUCGCCGAGUUUCUUGUAAUUGUUCUUACAACAACAAAACAUUUCUCUGGUCGCUUUGAUGGAUACUGACUUGUAUGUAAAGUUUCUAGAGGGUAAAACUUAUUUUUGUUCUACUUUGUGUUUUCGUUUUCAAAGAUCUUGAGUCGCUUUCCAUUACAUGUGACUAGCACCAUGAGCCACAUUCAAACCACAUCUCAAUUUCUGUCCUCAAGAAGGGGUUACCAACCCCCUUCCCUAGAGAAUGAUCAGCUUGAUACUCGAAAAUUAUGCGGCUCUACUUAUUCGCUUUUCAACGUUCGAGUCAUUCUUAUCUCCUUCUUCUUUGUGUUUGGAAUUAGUGCUAGUUUUGUCACUGGGCGGUACUACAUGCCAUACCGAGAUAUUGCCAGUGGGUGUCAGCCAAAUAUUGACCUACCUUUACAAGAGCACAAGUUUGUUUACAACCAAACAUUCGCUGAAAGUGGUCCAGCAGCAGAUGCGGCAUGGGAGUCAAUGUUUCCAGCCCAAGGAGGGUUUUUCCGUCACCCAAGAGUUUCUCGAGAGCGUGCCGACUUUGCAGUCUUUCAUCAGCUGCAUUGCCUCGAUAAGAUAAGGCUAGCAUAUUGGACUUUAUACGAUGCCAGCGUGGCUGUCCAUGAUGGAGCGUCGACGAUUGACUUUGACCCUAAAGGCCUCUCGGACCAUUUUGCACCACUCCACAUUACUCACUGCAUCGAACUAAUAAGAAACGCUUUGAUAUGUAGACCUGACACAACAGUUGAAGUCAAAGACUUAGAAAACAAUGGGGUGACGGGAUUUGAGGCUGAACAUUUUUGCGUUAACUGGAAUCAACUUGUCGAUUGGGUUUCUGAGUGGGAAGAUUACGACAAGCCCGGUACUAAGUGAUGAUCAAUUUCUGCACUUCACCGAUGAAAUUCGGCUUCAAAUGCUUGUCGCUGCGGUAUAUUUAGGCCCAUUUAGCUGCGAGUUCCGCUAGCUUAGAUGAAGUAUGUAGAAUCUAUUCUCAUAUUUUCUACUACUUACAUCAAUAGCAAAGAAUACCACGAUACUACUAUACUACCCAAUUUAAUAAAAGAUAUUAGCGAUAUUUACAUAAGCUAUCACCCCAGGGUGAUUGAUUAAUGCCAACACUUACCUACUAUCAUGAUAUUGAUCUACCGAUAUCAUGUAAACAAAUUUAUAAUUAAUAUAGAUAUUAACAUCA